AUGAGAAAGAAGAUGGAGGGUGUUCGGAGAUGGUUGGUGGACAUAUCCUCGUGGGAUCCUUCUCCGGGGGAGUUCUCCUCCCUUGUCUCUCUCCUCCCCCCGUGCGAACGUCCUUCUGUGAACAAGUACGGAUGAGGGAUUGCCCCUCUCGAUCUAUCUUCUGUAAGCGGUUGUUCAGAUAAAACCAUGUUAGAGAGGAGAGUAUUAUCAGAAAACGCGUCUUGAAACGGCAGUUUUGCUUCGAUUUUUUUUUCCUUUUCAUGUAGCCUGAACAAUUUCUGAAAGUUUUUUUUUAAUGUGUUUUUAUGUUUCUGAGAAAUUAAGUUGAGACGUAUUUAGCUCUUCUUGUUGGCUAUCGAGUUGCUUGUUAGUAUACCCUUUCCAACAAGGAUGAUGCUAUCAUGCGUUUCAAGUUACAUCGUAGUUUGAAAAUCUUUGAGGGGAUAUUUACAUUAUCAGAUGAACACGAUGGGUGCCAUGGACAAUAAUAUGGCAUAUGUUUACGAAAAAUCAUUGAAAAGUCAUAGCAUGGAAAAUCUAAAAGUCAACGCUACUUGUCAAAACCUGAAAUUCGGGUUGACAGUCGCAGCAUGCGGAAAAUCUGUGUCGCGAAUCUGACUAAAAAAAGGAACAAUGCCCACAAACCACCGCCACAGCCAUGAAUUUCAGUUCCUAUUAUGAAUGGCACAGCAUAGUCUUUUGACCUUCUGAAUUUUAGCAUACUCCGAUGAUUGUGAAAGCACGGCAGCACUCUAUGCUUGAUGAUCAGUGUGAAAGAAUUUUUAUUUUUCCUAUUUAUAUUUAUUCCCCAUUGGCCCCCUCACGUUCAUUGGUUCGGCAGUUCUGGAAGCACUUCAAUUGAGAAAGAUUUUUCAUUGUUUGCUAACAAUGAGCCAUUUGCCUAUAAUCCUCCAGAGAGUACAGCCUAAAAUUUAACUCUACGUUAGGAGGAAAAGUGACAACAGAAGCUUGCUCGUAGUUAUAGAAAAGAUAGCCACCGUCUACAUCAACCUAUAGAAAACAAACCUGGAACAUUCCGGGCCUACUAAGUCUUUUCAUCAUCACAGUGUGUUGGAUAAUUUAACUUGAGAUGGAAAGGAUGUAAUGGAUGUGAUGCAGGAAAUUGAUUUUGUCUCCACAUCAUAUUUUGAAGAUAAAAAUAUUACACGUGAAUAAAGAGCAAAACAGUUUCUUGUUUGUUCCUUCAUUUAACAAACAUCUGAUACUGAGAGACGAACUGUGAUUUUGUUCUGUUUCAUCUUAUUGUGAAUGAUAUUUUCUGAAUUUCGGCUUUUGUUGACGGCAUCUUCACACCAUCACAUGCUAGGUUUAUUACGCUGGAUGAUAGGAAACGUGCACUUGUCAGUCGGCUGCUUCAGUAUUCACUUGUUCAUGAGGUUUUGGAUAUCCCUUACAAUGAGAUCAUCAUAAAGCGCACCAUUGAAGGCAAACCUUAUCUGGUGGUGUUGUCUGUCGUGACAAUCACUUAUAUUUUAUUUGUUUUUAUUUUUAUGUUUAUUCAAUGUCCCUGUAAACUCAUUCAAUUUUCAAACAGGUGUUCUGUACUUCGUACCUGGCGUUUCUUGCUUUCCCCAAACUCGGUGACAACUAAGAUUUUUAGUACACACCGCCAUUUGAAAUAAGAAAGGUUAUAAAGAACAUUCUCUCAUAAUCUUCUUCCAACUAAAAUGCUGAAUAUCCUACUUUUACUCAACUCACUAGUAUAUUUUUUUCUAACCCCUAGACCGAAUUGACAAAGUAAAGAGCAUCAACCAAAAAUCUGUGGCACCGUUUUGGUAAACAUAACCUGUCUAAACUCUGAUGGAAUGUGGACAUCACCUUUCCAUAGAAAUCAAACAUUUAGUUAUUUAAUAUCAAGGCUUCUAUCCUUUGGUCCAGGGAACCGUCUUUCUUGUACAGAAAAGCGAAAUGCUUCCUGGUGACUUGAAAUAUAUAAGAUGCAGGUAUUUUUUCUUAAACAUCUCUCAGUUGAAUAAGACUAUCCUUGAUUUUUCAUCCUCAUAAAUUUAAUUGGGGUAAAAAAAGAGCUGACACGGAUUUGGUAAAGAUCUGGUGUCAUUGAGUUGUCUGCUUUAGAUGCCAUCAGCAAAAAUGUAUUACAUUGAGAUCCAUGAAUGAACCUCAUUGACUCUGAAAAAACCCAAUAUAUUUAAAUUUGAAAGGUAUCGAGUUGGAAGCUGAACUUGAAUCUUCUACAUUUCCCUUUUCAGUAUUUCUUUUUUAAGUUGACCAGGUUAGCUAGUUGACUUUGGUGUCCUUAUGAAAUUUAUGAAUUGAAUGUAUUGCGUCCAUCAUCUAUCCUUUUGUGCUGAAAAAUGUUAUAUAACGUCGUAUGUGCAGAAUACAUGUCGGCAAAGCAACAGAUACCUGAACUUCAACUUCAAUGUGUCACACAGUGGGAAUUUUGUGGGCAUUGUCUCUGAACCAGUAUUCCUCGUGGGAUUAGACAUUGUUUCUGAUGCUGACUUCAAACACCAAGCAAAACUGAAUCUUUUGAAUGGCUUAUCCUCACAUUUCACUUAUUUGGAGUGGAAAAAUAUAAUAAGUGCUGGAAAUUCCAAUCUUAUGUUCGCAGAAUUCUGUAGGUACAAGUUCACCUUUUGGCCUGUUUGGAAAAGCCCAUCAGUUAUUAUUUUUGUCUAUAAUGAGAAAAUGGAUUUUUUUAAUUUUCAUUGAGAUAUCACUUCAAUUUUUGGUUCACCUUUCGAAGUAAUGUAUUUGAAAUGUUUUAACAUACCAAAAAUGCUAGUUUAUAGGGCUCUUGUCUUAUGGAGAAUAUCCCAUGCGUUUGAUUAAUGCCAUGGUUAGCCUUAGCAGGACAUUCUUCAUGAAUUAAUGUCAACAGUAGAAUUUUUUUUGCGUUUCUAUGGUUGAUCCUUGGAGGCAUGGUGUGUCCUUAUUUGUUUCAAGGUAGUGAGUAUUUGCAACUAAAAUUUUUGCUUCCAGGUGCCUCUUUUCUGCCGUUCAAACAUAAGUAAGAUAAGAUGGGAUGCCACCGAGGUUUCAUUACCUUUAUUGACUUGUUCUGUAGAUAUUGGUCUUUGAAGGAGGCAUACAUGAAGGCCUUGGGUGCCGGACUGGGUGGUUUCCAGUUAAACAGAGUGGAGUUUCAUCAUACCAGCUGGAGAAACAUCUCUGUUCAUGUUGAUGGAAAGGAAUCAAGUUACUGGAAAUUUUGGCUGUUUGAGCUCGACGAGAAACAUUGGGUAACUGUUUUAACUCAACCCCGGUUCCUUUUUCAUGCACUUAGAUCGUCACCAAAGGCAAUCUUUAUGGCCUCACUUUUCGGAUCAUCCAUCGUUUUCAUGGCAAUAUAUUGCUAGUAUCAUAAGAGCCAUAGAUUUGGGAGGCUAUGAUUCCUGGCCAUCAUUUGAACCUGUACGUCAAAGCAUUUUUUUCUUCUCUAGGGCAUGAGAACCAUUCAUAAUCAUCUUUAUGCAUUGUGCCUUACAGGCUUCUAUUGCCAGAGGAGGCGCAGGGAAAGUUGCAGCGAGCUUUAUGAGUUCCUCAAUUCAUGAGGACUUGGAGGCUGAAGAGUAUUCCUCGAUGUUCGCCCUCCCAAACCCACAGUUCAUCUUCAGAAGCGUCGAUCAGCUAAUUCCGGCCACAGACAGCGGAAAUUAG